AUGCCUGGUCUACCCUCGAGUAUUGACCUCGACCAAUGCAUCGAACAACUUUACCGAAAACAGCUUCUCGCUGAGUCGCUCAUCGAGGCAAUAUGCGCCAAAGCCAAAGAAUUGCUGAUGAAAGAGAGCAAUGUCGUACAUAUAUCUGCACCCGUUACUGUCGUCGGCGACAUUCACGGCCAGUUCUUUGACAUGCUAGAGAUCUUCAAGAUCGGUGGCUACUGUCCUGAUACAAAUUACCUGUUUUUAGGCGAUUAUGUCGAUCGAGGCCUCUUCAGCGUCGAAACCAUUUCUUUACUCGUUUGUUUGAAGUUACGAUACCCCCAACGCGUGCAUUUGAUUCGAGGCAACCAUGAGUCUCGAGGCGUUACACAAUCAUAUGGCUUUUAUACGGAAUGUGCCCGAAAGUACGGUAAUGCCAACGUCUGGCACUAUUUCACCGACAUGUUCGACUUCCUGACCUUGAGUGUGGUCAUCAACGAUCAGAUCUUUUGUGUACAUGGAGGACUAAGUCCAAGUAUACAUUCGGUGGACCAGAUAAAGAUCAUUGAUCGAUUCAGAGAGAUACCACAUGAAGGACCCAUGGCUGAUCUAGUAUGGUCGGAUCCAGAUCCAGAAAGAGACGAGUUCAGUCUAUCUCCAAGAGGAGCAGGAUAUACAUUUGGAGGAGAUGUGGUCAAGAAGUUCUUGCAGGUCAACAGCAUGUCACACAUCCUUCGGGCACAUCAGCUUUGUCAAGAAGGUUACCAGAUCUUAUACGAUGACAGGCUUAGUACUGUGUGGAGCGCGCCAAAUUACUGCUAUAGAUGUGGUAAUCUAGCAUCGGUAUUGGAAGUUAGUGAUGCUGGCGAUCGGUUCUUCAACAUCUUUGAUGCAGCACCAGAGAACGACAUGCAUCGAGAACAACAGCAGAUGCAACAGCAACAACAGCAAGGAAAGGAUGGCAUGAAUCCGAUCGCUGACUACUUUCUGUGA